AUGCAUCGGCUCGCUAACCGAUUUUCGCCAGACGACAAUAUCUCGGCACAUCAACGGUUGUUCAUCGCCAUCGAUGGCUAUUCAUCGCCAUCCUCGUCUGCACGUCCUACACGAUACAAGUCGCCGGCUCGAUCCCACGACAACAUCUCGGCACAUCAACGGUUGUUCAUCACCAUCGAUGGCUAUUCAUCGCCAUCCUCGUCUGCACAUCCUACACGAUACAAGGUCAGUCCACGUUGCAAAGUGGUGGUGGUGGUGGUGGCGGCGGUGGCGGUGGCGGUGGCGGCGGUGGUGGUGGUGGUGGUGGUGGUGGUGGUGGUGGCGGUGGGCCGUGCUCAGGUGCAUGCAAUACAGCUUCCACAAGCCAGCUUACUUGAACGCUUGCGGAACCUAAUGCGGUUUCCCUGUUUGCACGAGGGCCAGCACCCACGGCCGCCUGAUUUUCUGGAGGCCAUUCCGGAAGGGCGCGUGCAGGAUUUGCCCGGCGGUGAACUCCCGGUGGAUCAGCAGUGCUCGGAGGAACAGUCCACGCUCCGUGCCUGGCUGGACAUUCCCAAUGUGGACCUUUUGCGUGCCGACAUCAUGUGCACCGCCGCAGUGCCGCGUCAUGCGCAUCCGGUUCUGCCGGCUCGGUAUCAUAUCGGCAGAUCCGAACGCGCGAGUAGUGCUGGCAUCGGUGGUGACCCUGAUCGAGCGGCAUUCGUAGAUGAAGAUGCGUUAGCAGUUGACAGCGACGGUGGAGACAACGGGACUAAUGAGCCAGGUGCUGCAGAUGACGCGGCCACAAUGCAGCUACCUCCGGAAUUACAACCCCAUCCACCGCGGGUGCAGCCGCGGCCUUGCGUCGAUGACCCAAUAAGUGUGGAGGUUCCGUUUUGCAUGCGUCUUGAUACAGAGUUGCCGAACCGGACCGUGUUCCCACACGAUGAUGCUCCGGAUGAAUUCACCAUCUGCACCUCGUGCGAGAAGGCACUCGCAGCACGCCGAAUACCUGAAGCGGCUUUGGCACGACUCGAUCCGGGUGACGUGCCAUCUGUUAAUCACCUGGGCGAUCCCUUGCCUGCGCCCACGUUCGUGGAGAGUCAACUGCUAGGGCGGGGCCGUCUCAUGCAGCAGCUCAUGAUUGUACAUCUCGCGGGCCGCCCUCCCGAGGUAUUGCCAUGUGCCGUUCAAUCUCAUGGCAUCGCGGUCGUAAACCCUGACCCCAAUAUGCUACGGGGCCAGUUGCCCGCGCGUGUUGCGGAUUUGGCUGGCGCUUUCACGGUGGUUUGCGUGGAUCAAGUCCGAGACCGGCAGGACUUGCUGGAUCGUGUCCGCCGUGCACCAGGCCUGAAAGUGCGUGGCAACGUCGUCGUCGCCUGGGUGCGUUUCCUUCAACAUAACGAUGAAGAUGAAGGUGCAGUGGAUGAAGAAGCUAUACAGGAGUAUGAGCGUAUGGGAUGCAUUGCACAAGUACCGGAAGCACUGCUGCGCUCCACAAUCGGUCCUACCGAUCCGGAAGUCGCUGGUGUACUGCGAAGUACCUUCCUACACGACCGUACCGGUGCUGCUGGUGUACGGCAGCUGCAUGAAACGUUGCAAGGAAACAUCGUUGGUAAUAACUUUGAUGGCGGUGGCGUUUAUGGUUCACCACUUGAGACAGCUGGACCGACCGGCACAGCUAAUGAUAUCCUUCAUGAUGCUGGCGCCUAUGGACCACCGCUUCGUACAGGUCCCGAUGUACCCGCGCCUGGAACGACCACCUCCGACACUCGCAUGGCAGAUGCUGGUGCUACGGGCUUGGCGCCUGUCGCGGUCGUCCUGCGCCAACCAGGCGAUCCUGCUGAUGCCAAUCUGGGCAUCCCGAAUGAACUGGAGGUGGUCCUUCCACAACCAGCCCCUGUUCCGACGGACGGCACCGACUUUGAUAACCGGCCCAACGUGGUGCACGACUUGCUCACCGGGCGUGCACGUCUCGCGUUCGCUGCUGGCGGCCGUGGUGCUCAGAUCCUGGAUGACCGCCAUCCAGCCAUCCUCAACGUCUGCUUCCCGGUUUCGUUUCCAUAUGGUUUGUCCGGACAACGGCCACCGGGUAUGUCGUUCGCCUCGUAUUGCAGCCACCUCGUACGGAGGGUGCCACGGGCGCAGUUCAGCGGUAACUUGAUGCUGCUUGCCCGAAUGUAUGAUAUCAGCGUGCGGCAGCAAAGCAUGGCGCAGCGACGGCACCUGCUGUCGCAACAGUCACCCGUGGUGUGUGCCCUCCUGGAUGGCACACGCGCCAGCCUGCUACGAAUCGACCUUACGGAUGCCUACUACAACGGUGCAAAAGCCACGAUGCGUGCGGCUGCCCUCACUAUUGGCUGGCCGCCAUUGUUCUUCAAUCUGAACCCGGCGGACAUGCACGCUAGCUGUGCCGUUGUAGCCUCCGGUCAGGUCAUAGAUUUUGAUGACGCCGGGCGUCCGACCCAUAUCAGCAGCACGGUGGAAAAGUGGCGCCGCGUCAAAGAAGACCCGCACAGCUGUGCGGCGCUGCUCAUCGCCACCAAAGAGGUGUUGCCUCUCGUCAUGGGUAUGUCUAAUACGGAAGCGCAGCAACACGGCUUGUCCGUGCCAGAAGUACAGGCAAAUUGCCCACCUGCCGCGUACGACUUUGAAUGCCUGGCAGGUUCAACAUGCAAGCGGCACGGCUGCCGUGGCACCGACGACAGCUGCGGCAUGGCCUUUCCCCGAUUUAUCCGCACAGCUUUCCAGUGGGUCGGUACCACCGGUCUAUUUUUGCUGCCCCGCCUCGCAUCCAACCUGGUGCCGCACAUGCCUGCGAUUGCUCUGGCCUUCGGAUGCAACCAUCUGAUGUCCCUGGCCUGCGAAGUCGACCGGGAUUACACGGCUGACAUUGCCGCCCAACUAGCGCGUCCCAUCAACGAACGCGGCGACUGCCCCCUCCUACAACCCGCCAUUGAUCGCGCCCGUGACACUGCGUACUACAGCUCCAAGUACACUGCGAAGACAAUCGAAUGCAGCCAGGCGCACCUCACAUGUACCGCCGUAGGGCGUGUACAGGACUUCAUGAUGGCAGGUCACCAACCCAGUGCCACUGGUCAUGAACCCAGCGUGUUCGGCAACCUGUGUACCGCGGUGCAUCGCAUGACGGCUACCAUCACGGCCGGCAUGGCACUGGUUGCUUUCAAACUAUCGGGCCACGACACGUUCCAAGCAACCUACAAACGCAACUACCUGGCGACAGGCGCCUUCACUGCACUGGCAUCCGAUUCAGCUGUGGAACCAGAAGACGCGGAAACCGGCGUGGAGCUUGUAGAGGCGGACGAACAUGGCGACUACACCCUCGCCAACGUUGUGCAAAACUACACGCAACGUGGUGUGGAGCUGAGCGGCUUGGACUGCAGCGCUUACACCAUCGCAUCCAACUUCGAGGUGAAACCGGUACUCGUAAACGGCACCCAACAAUCUGACCGUAUCACAGCGGGAAUGCCAACCUACUUGCGUUUAGCACGGCCGCCGACCAUCGAUGAAACCAUCGAGCUGUUUACCCUGGCGCCGGAUCAGGCCGUGCCAUUCAUGCUCAUGGCACGCUACUUCGACCGCCGCAACCAACCCGAUCCAGGUGUCCCACCGCAAAUGCUCGUCAUGGGUCCUCCGGGCACAGGCAAGACUCAGUUCGUACACGCACUGCUGUGGUACACGUACCAACAUGACAGUCCUGACUGGGCCGCCACGUGCGCAUACUCUUGGGCCGCCGCGAUCGCGUUCAACACCCCAGUCCAUCGCAGCCUAUCUACCCACUCCAUGUUCGGCAUCUCAGCCAGCCAAAGUGGCUCCCGUGGCACCAACUUUCCUAAGCGCGGCGCACAUGCUGGCCUUCAAGUAAAAUGCAACGUCGGCGACGGCGCUGUGCUCAUCGACGAAAUUGGCAUGCAAAGCCACGAGCACCUCGGCGCCAUCAGCCACUCCUGCACAGCCACUCUGCCGCCUCCGCCACACCUUGGGCCCGCCCAUGACAGCAGCCGCGUCUUAUCCGGCCGUGCCGCGGGCGGAAUCGGCGACCUGCUACAGCACCCUCAGCCAGGCGGUUCACCACCGUACCGCUACGCCGCCGACGUUGAGCGAAACCCCCAGUUCACUCCCUCGGCACCGACAGCACAACGCACACCAGCUUCGCUUGACGAAGGUCGAGGUCACCGUAUUGAUGACAGCAACAAUGACAACACUGACGCAGACGACGACACCGGCAACCGUCGCGCCACCACCUCCACACGUCGCACUCGUCGCCCAGUGCCACAGACGCACACCCGCCUACACGACGGCUUCAACCUGUACCGUCAGCUCGGCGGCACCGUAUUCAUGCUGCAGAAACAGCAGCGGCAAGACAACAGCCCAUCUGGCCAGCAGCUUACCCGCUUCACAACCAUGUUCGGCGGCAUUCCAACCACUGAAGCACGUGUCGCAGAUCUAGUAGACGCACUCAACCAACGCGUCAUCACAGAUUUGUCCGAUCUCACAGACCUCGAACCCCGCGUCAUGCUGCAACGGAACGAACCCAGGCACGCGCUCAACACACGCCUCCUGAUGCUCCAGGCGCGCCGCAAAGGAGUGCGUUUGGUCAGCUGGAAUGCGGACCACGUCCCGGUUAGGCAACAUGGCGCAACCCAACAACAGGCGCUCUCACACGUCGAAAAGGCUGUCGCAAUGCGAGUAAAAGACGCCAUCUUCGACCACACCACCGCCGACACUUGGUACUACGAGGGUGCACGCUACACCCUACUCGACACCACAGCUGCCGACGCCGGCGCGUGCCACAACAAUGAAGUCGAGGUGUGUGGCCUGCUUACCGACAGCCGUGAACCGCCCGACGACGGCCGCGGCCCGUACUGGCGCCUCCACUACCUACCUGCAGCCGUCUUGGUCCGUCCCAUUAAAGGGCACGCACCCAAAGCGGUGCUAGCAGACUUAUCGGACUUCGCAGCCAAAGGUGCUGCCUUCGCCAUCGUACCACGGCCCUCGCCGGCAGCAAACAUCACCGUGCCAGCCGCCAACACCGGCACCACCACCAAAAAUGUACGUCGAGUCAAUGUACCGCUUGGUGACUACUACGCCGUCACCGACUACUUCGUACAGGGCCGUAGCUUCAAGGAAGAAUGCUGGGUCGCAGACCUUUCCGUCCCGCCCGGUGGCCUCAAGCGUGCAACCAUGUACGUGUUGCUCACCCGCUACAAGACACUCGACCACAUCCGCCUCCUGCGCCCGCUCUCUACCACACCCGAUGAACGAACACGAGUCGUCAAACAGUUCAUGGCAGCAACCAAGCUGGACCCCGACCUGGCGGCCGAACUCCGCCUCCUGGAUCGCCGUGCAACCGAAACACGUGAACGCUAUACGACCGAGUACAAACACGCCAGAAACCUAGAGGAGCGUUGGACCUCCGUGUUGUAUCCACCUCCACUGUUUAGGUGGUAG